UUAUUUCCCACCCCCAUUUCUUCUUUCCCAUAUUUCGAAUUAAAAAAUUAGAGAAAGUUUCUGUUUUUAAUUUUAUUUUAUUAGGGGGGUGGUGAGUUUUCCUCAGCAAAUUGGUUCCUUUGUAUUCUCGAAAAUGAGGUGGGAAAAGGUUCAGGUGAACCCCAUAGCCAUAGAGGGAGGAGGAGGAGGAGGAGGAGGACAAAGUGAGGUUUGUGGGCCAGGGAAGAGGUGGGGACACACCUGCAACGCUAUUAAAGGUGGAAGACUUGUCUAUGUCUUCGGUGGUUACGGCAAACAUAACUGUCAGACCAACCAAGUCCAUGUCUUUGACACUGUCAAGCAGACUUGGAGCCAACCAGCUAUAAAAGGAUCCUCACCUACUCCAAGGGACAGCCAUACUUGCACAGCCAUUGGGGAUAAUCUAUUUGUGUUUGGAGGUACAGAUGGGAUGAACCCACUGAAGGAUUUGCACAUAUUAGACACUUCUUCACAUACAUGGAUUUCUCCAACUAUAAGAGGAGAAGGGCCAGAAGCACGUGAAGGUCAUAGUGCAGCAGUUGUUGGCAAACGGCUAUUCAUCUUUGGUGGUUGUGGAAAAUCUGCAGAUAAUAAUAAUGAGGUCUACUACAAUGAUCUUUACAUAUUGAAUACAGAGACGUUUGUUUGGAAGUUUGCUACAACAUCAGGCUCUCCACCAUCUCCUCGUGAUAGCCACACUUGCUCAUCUUGGAAAAACAAAAUUAUUGUGAUAGGGGGUGAAGAUGGACAUGAUUAUUAUUUGUCUGAUGUCCAUAUCCUUGAUGCCGAUACUCUAAUUUGGAGGGAGCUGAGUACAUCAGGCCAAUUAUUGCCGCCUCGAGCUGGUCAUUCUACAGUUUCAUUCGGCAAGAACUUGUUUGUAUUUGGUGGAUUUACAGAUGCCCAAAAUCUUUACAAUGACCUUUAUAUGCUUGAUGUUGAUACUGGUAUUUGGACAAAUGUUACAACUACAAACAAUGGUCCUUCUGCUAGAUUUUCUGUGGCUGGUGACUGUUUAGACCCGUUUAAGGGUGGUGUUCUUGUGUUCAUCGGUGGUUGUAAUAAAAGUCUUGAGGCCCUGGAUGAUAUGUAUUACCUAUAUACAGGGAUUGCUAGGGAAAGUGAACAGAGACCAGAGAAACUAUCUUUAAGGAAGCAAUUGAAGCUGAAAUGCCAAGAACAGAAUCUCAAUCCUGGCCAAAAUCAAGUUCUGGUUAGAUAUGGAGUCGGUGCUGAUAUUAGCCCGAUCAUGUCAGUGUUGAAUUAUAGCCAGCCAAGUAGACAGAAUAUCCCAGUAAAUCAAUCCCUGCCUCCUGGAAAGAAAAUGUUUGAAGCCAAGGUUACUGAAAACAUCUCAGAAGGAUAUACUAUUGAAACUGUUAUUGAUGGAAAACCUCUUCGUGGAAUUCUGUUUUUAAACAAGCCUAACUCUCUGCACCCGGCUGCUCAUACUUCCAGUAGGAAAAGGACUGCUGGUGAAAUUGAUGGUGUUAUCUCAAAUGGGAUACACCCUAACAAAUUAAAGACUCCUAAAGUGAUUAAGCAAAAUGAAAUGGAAAAUAGACAAGUAGUUCCUGGAGACAGUACAGAAUCUCAUGAAAACCGCAUUGAAGCUGUUUCUGCACUUAUAUCCAGUGACCGAACAACUGCCAAUGCUUCUGCUACUCAUAAGGUUUCUGCCAACCCAGAACCAGAAGCUGCUUUUUUGAAUCGAAAUAAUGAAAAUAAUGAAACACCAAAAUCCUUGUGGGGAAACUUGAAAAAUGACGGAGCAAAUGAGGUGAUAAGUUCCAAAGGUGAAGUCCAAACCAAUGAUCAAACAAAUGUGCCAAUUUCCAACUUUGAAGUUUCAAGGCAUGAUAAAACAAGUGAUGCACCAAAUUGCAAUACUGAGUUUCUGAAACCUGCAGCAGCUGAGAGUGCUGUGUGUCUGUCAAAUCAAGGUGCAAUGGUGGAUUCCACUCCUCCAAGGACAGGAGAGUGCAGUGAACCAGCAAAAUUAAUUUGAACUCAGGAGAUAAUGGCUGAUAGUAAUGAAGACCUUGUCUGCUUGGCGUUUGUACAUUCCUCUUCUCAAGUUGAUCAUAGAGGUCAAUAUAACAGGUGAUAUAGACUAACAUCGUCAACUGGUGGGAUAUACAACUAUUAUCUGCUCGCUGACAUCCUUUGAUCUGAAUUUUUUAUUGAACAUAACCAUGAUUACCUUUCAGUUUAGGUAGUGAUAGAUGUAGUCCUUAGUUUGAAAGUACUGAGUUAUCUAUUUAUUUCUGUUCUUGUC